AUGGGUCUCCUGUCGCUCAUCACCGGCAGGCCGGGCGCCAGCGGGUUCGGGUCGGCGUCCACGGCGGAGCAGGUCACCGACGGCGUCGACGCCUCAAAUCUCACCGUCGUUAUCACAGGAGGGCCUAGCGGCAUCGGCCUGGAGACGUCGAGGGUCUUCGCCCUUAGAGGAGCCCAUGUCAUCAUCGCGGCGAGGAACACGGAGGCCGCGUCGGAGGCGAAGAAGAGCAUAACGGAGGCGAACCAGACCGCCCGCGUCGACGUCCUGAAGCUCGACCUCAGCUCCCUCAAGUCCGUCAGGGCCUUCGCCGAGCAGUUCAACUCCAUGAACCUCCCUCUCAACAUCUUGAUAAACAAUGCAGGGGUGAUGUUCUGCCCUUUCCAGCUGUCCGAAGAUGGGGUCGAGAUGCAGUUCGCCACCAAUCACCUAGGUCACUUUCUGCUGACCAACCUGCUGCUUGACAACAUGAAAGCCACUGCUGAGUCUACGGGCAUCGAGGGCCGCAUCGUGAAUCUGUCAUCGAUCGCCCACGAGCAUACCUAUCCGAAGGUGAUUCAGUUCGAUCAACUCAAUGACAAGAAAACGUAUGGGUUUCUUGUGGUUCUUUGGAAUUGCAGAAGAUCUUGA